AUGACCAUAUCAUUCUUCCGUCAGGUUUCUGGUAAUAUUGGUGCCGUAAGUUCUAGUCUAUUCGAGUUUACUCAAGGUCGUAGAGAUAUUAUUACAGUCUCUAUUGCAACAAAUGAACCUUCUUUAUUGAUCGCUAAUCGAACUUCAUUAUUCAACUUUAAUAAUACAUUCUACAUGUUCUUGGCAACCAGGGUUGAUAGGUCUACUUUAACGGUUAAGGGCUUGGGCGAACCGAACCGAAAGACAUCAGGAAAUCGGUAUUUGAAAUUCAAAAUUCAGCCAAAUUAUCAUUCUACACCCCACCCUCAUCUCAAUUGA